UAUGAAGAGCGGCGGUGACCGACCGUCCCUUACAAGUGAAAUAAGUUAAUACGCAUUGGCCACAUCAACUGGAGCCAUUAACUAAGAAGAAUGGCCACAUCAAAGACGACUAAUACAUAUAAUAGACAAAAUUGGGAAGAUGCGGAAUUCCCAAUAUUGUGUCAGACGUGUUUAGGAGACAAUCCAUAUAUUCGUAUGACCAAGGAGAAAUAUGGAAAGGAAUGCAAGAUAUGUAUGCGACCAUUUACAGUAUUUAGAUGGUGUCCAGGAGCUAGGAUGAGAUUUAAGAAAACUGAAGUCUGUCAGACGUGCAGUCGAUUGAAGAAUGUCUGCCAAACAUGUUUAUUGGAUUUGGAAUAUGGCUUGCCUAUUCAAGUUCGCGAUGCUGCUUUGAAGAUUAAGGAUGAUUUACCACGUUCAGAUGUAAAUAAGGAAUACUAUGUACAAAACAUAGACAAUGAAAUUGGAAAAAUUGAUCCAACAACACCUGCUGGUGCUGUUGGUAAGUCUGCUGCAGCUAGUGAUCUGUUGAUGAAACUGGCUAGGACGAGUCCUUAUUAUAAGAGAAACAGGCCACACAUUUGCUCAUUUUGGGUAAAGGGUGAAUGUAAAAGAGGCGAGGAAUGUCCUUAUCGACAUGAAAAACCAACAGAUCCUGAUGACCCAUUGGCAGAUCAGAACAUAAAGGAUCGUUAUUAUGGUGUCAAUGAUCCAGUGGCAGAUAAACUAAUGCGCAGGGCAGCAGCUAUGCCUAAGCUAGACCCUCCUGAGGAUAAAUCCAUUACAACAUUAUAUAUUGGUAACCUAGGUGACAUAUUAACAGAGAAACAGCUGCGUGAUCAUUUUUAUCAAUACGGUGAGAUCCGCUCAGUGACCAUGGUACCGCGUCAGCAAUGUGCUUUCAUUCAAUAUACACAGAGAAAUGCUGCUGAAGCAGCAGCAGAGAGAACUUUUAAUAAACUGAUAUUGGGUGGAAGACGGCUCACUAUAAAAUGGGGCCGUUCACAGGGAAGGCAAACAGUGUCUGCAGCAGAAGCAACGAGAGAGAUCCUCGAACCUGUCCCAGGAUUACCUGGCGCGUUACCACCACCGCCACCACCACCAGAAAGCAUGGGUAGUAACUUUUUCAAUCUGCAAACUACUCCUGGUAUGAUACCACCAAUGAUGAUUCCACCACCACCAGUUGCUCCUCAAUUUAUGUUUCCUCCGCAAAUAGCAACUGCUGCUGCUGCACCAAUUUUUCCUCCAGGAACUACCCCCAUUCAUUAUCCAAGUCAAGAUCCGUCCAGGAUGGGUGCAUCACAGGGUAUAGGCAAACCUUGGCCGGAGGAAUAAUAUAAUAUAUGCUAUGCCAACUUUUUAUCUAAUUGUAUAACAUUA